GGGCUUGCUCAGUCUGGAUCCUGGGGCUGCUUUGAUGAAUUUAACCGCAUUGAUUUGCCAGUGCUGUCUGUGGCAGCCCAGCAAAUCGCGAUUGUUUUGACUUGUAAGAAAGAGCGCAAGAAGAACUUCAUUUUCACCGAUGGCGAUAAUGUAGAAAUGAAUCCUGAAUUCGGCCUUUUUUUGACAAUGAAUCCUGGGUAUGCUGGUCGUCAAGAGUUGCCCGAAAACCUGAAAAUCAACUUCCGCUCAGUGGCAAUGAUGGUUCCUGAUCGCCAGAUCAUCAUCCGUGUCAAAUUGGCUAGUUGUGGCUUCAUUGAUAACAUUGUGCUUGCAAGGAAGUUCUUCACUUUGUAUAAACUCUGUGAAGAACAAUUGUCUAAGCAGGUACAUUAUGACUUUGGUCUGAGAAAUAUAUUGUCAGUAUUACGGACCUUGGGGGCAGCCAAAAGAUCAAACCCCAGUGACACCGAAUCCACGAUCGUCAUGCGUGUCUUGAGAGAUAUGAAUCUUUCUAAAUUGAUAGAUGAAGAUGAACCCUUAUUUUUGAGUUUGAUAGAAGAUCUUUUCCCAAGUAUACAACUUGACAAGGCAGGUUAUCCAGAGCUAGAAGCUGCCAUCAGCAAACAGGCCUACAGAUCAGCAGCUGUUGUUAGUCAAGUGUUGGAUGUUCACUUCCUUCCUUCGGCGUCGCAGUGCGUGUAA